AUGGCUGACACUACUAAUGCAGAAAAACCAAUAUCAGUCCAUUCACUCGUGUUCCGUUCACUUAAACGAACACAUGAUCUAUUCGUUGCUAAUCAAAAUACCCCCGUAUUACCUGAUGAAACUGCAAAUAGUAUAUCAAGGAAAAUUAAAGCUAAAGAUCAAUACGGCACUGUAUUGACAUUACCGAAAGGUAUGAAACCACAUGUGAAAAAUACAGCUGAAACAAAUGAAACAACAACAACAGCAGAGACGAAAAAUGAUGAUACGUCUAAUAAUAAUGAUGAAGAAACAGUGAAUGAUUCUCUUACAACUACAAAUGCUGAUGGAUCAACAACAGCGUCGCUGAUGAGCAACGCACUUGUCUUGGCGAGUAAACCACAACAAACAUCGAAUCAAUUACAAGCACUUGUAUCAAGAAAGCCGGCAUCUGUUAUGCCUAAACCACAAUGGCAUGCUCCAUGGAAAUUAAUGCGAGUCAUUAGUGGACAUUUAGGUUGGGUUCGUUGUGUUGAUGUUGAACCUGCCAAUGAAUGGUUUGUUACUGGUGCUGCUGACCGUGUGAUUAAAAUUUGGGAUCUAGCUAGUGGUACACUUAAACUAUCGCUUACUGGUCAUGUAUCAACUGUUCGUGGUGUUGCUGUUAGUACUCGACAGCCUUAUCUAUUUUCUGCUGGUGAAGAUAAACAAGUGAAAUGUUGGGAUCUCGAAUGCAAUAAAGUUAUUCGUCAUUAUCAUGGACAUUUAAGUGCUAUAUAUGCACUUUCACUUCAUCCAACGCUUGAUGUUCUUGUUAGCUGUGGUCGAGAUUCUGUAGCGCGAGUAUGGGAUAUGCGUACAAAAGCUCAAAUACAUUGUCUAACGGGUCACACAAAUACUGUAGCUGAUGUUAAAACACAAGCAGCAGAUCCCGAAGUUGUUACUGGUAGUCACGAUAGUACAAUACGUUAUUGGGAUCUUGUUGCUGGACGAACAUAUUGUACGUUGACGCAUCACAAGAAAAGCGUUCGUGCUCUUGCUAUUCAUCCGAAAUGGUAUGCAAUGGCAUCAGCUUCACCGGAUAACAUCAAACAAUGGAAAUUUCCAAAAGGUGAAUUUAUUCAAAAUUUAAGUGGUCAUAAUGCAAUUGUUAAUGCAUUGGCGGUGAAUGCUGAUAAUGUACUUGUAUCUGGUGCGGACAAUGGUUCUCUGAACUUUUGGGAUUGGAAAACUGGUUACAACUUUCAGCGUCUUCAAACUAUUCCACAGCCAGGCUCAAUUGAUCCUGAGAUGGGCAUUUAUGCAAUGACAUUCGAUCAUAGUGGUAGUCGAUUGAUUACAUGUGAAGCUGAUAAAACAAUUAAGAUCUAUAAAGAAGAUGAAACGGCGACUGAACAAACUCAUCCUGUUGAUUGGGCACCAAAUAUUUUCAAACGAAAAAGAUUUUAA